UCCCUUUGAAUGUCAAAAGUACUCUAAGUGACAACGGACGUGAAGGCAACUGAGGAUCCAAAAUGGCGACGCACAACAAGGAUCUGGAAGAGCAGCUCGCCGACAAGGUCGUCGAUCUGACCGAGUACGCCAAACGUCAGCGAUGGUGGAACCGUCUAUUUGGCAAGACGUCCGGACCGGUAGCAGAGAAAUACUCAGUGGCCACACAGAUAGCUAUAGGAGGAGUCAGUGGAUGGUGUGCAGGCUUUCUCUUCCAGAAGGUUGGCAAGGUUGCUGCCACCGCUGUGGGCGGAGGACUUUUGUUGUUACAGAUAGCUAACAAUAGUGGCUACAUCCAAGUGGAUUGGAAGAGAGUUGAAAAGGAUGUCAAUAAAGCAAAGAAGCAGAUCAAGAAGAACACUGACACAGCAGGUCCAGAGCUGAACACGUUAGUUGAGAAGUCCACAGAGUUUGUGAAGAAGAACAUUGUGGUCACAAGCGGCUUCGUCGGAGGCUUCCUGCUCGGUAUGGUGUCCUAGGCUCACCGGACGAAUGACUCCGAAAUGUUUCGAAUCAUUCGGAAAAGGGAUAAAUUGUUGCUCGGUAGAUGGUCAAUGCCAUGACGCCAUGCUUCCUGUAAUCCUGUAGCUGUCUUUUCUGUAUAGAGUGCACGCCUUUUCCUCUCUAUGUAAAGACACUGUACCUCCACUUCAAGAAGCAUUAUCGUUAGGGGUGAAUACACUCUGAUCUCGUACCAGGCCAAAUGUUUGCACUUGUGUUACAGCAGGGUUGUCCAAACUUCAUGUGAGCCAAUAAUAACUAAAAAAAAACUGUGGCCCCACUUUGGACACUCCUGUAAUCCAUAUAUUAAAGGGGGAAACCUAUAAUAAU